AUGCGGAGCAGCCCACGUCCCUCGGACUCAGCUUCGCCUAUCGCGCCUCUCGGCGUCGAAGCGGCGGAGAAAGCCGCCUCAGAUCCUAGCUACAAACCUACCUCCAAAAUCUUCGAUGAGUUCGCGCUCACAGAUCGCGUUGGGAUCGUCACCGGUGGGAACGCGGGCAUCGGACUCGAGAUUGCGCUCGCGUUCUGCGAGGCCGGCGCUCGGGCCGUGUACUGUCUUGAUAUUGCUUCCGCGCCUUCGGAGGAGUGGACGGCGUGCCGCGACUUUGUGGAGAAGCUGGGCAAUGGGUCACGGCUUGAAUACGUGGCGGCUGAUGUGCGAGACCAAAAAGCGAUGUGGAAGGCCGUGGAGGAGAUUGGCGAUAGGGAGCAAAGGGUGGAUAUGUGUGUUGCCAACGCGGGCGUCCUGAGGCCGCCAAUUCCAUGUCUGGAAGUAACGACUGCUCAGUUCCAAGACGUGAUGGGGAUUAACGUCAACGGAGUCCUUUACACAGCCCAAGCAGCAGGAAGGCAGAUGUCGCGCUUUGGCCGUCCUGGAAGUAUCAUUACGAUAGGCUCUAUCAGCGGAAGCCUGACCAACAGGGAUCACGCCUGGAUUCCGUACAACACCAGCAAAUCUGCCGUCCUGCAGAUGACUCGCAGUCUCGCCUGCGAACUUGGUCCCAAGAACAUCCGCGUCAAUUCUCUUUCGCCAGGAUAUAUCUACACCAAUAUGACAAAGGCAUUCCUCGAUCGCACACCGGGUCAGCUCGAGAUUUGGUCUGACCUGAACCCAUUGAAGAGGAUUGGACGUCCUAACGAGCUGAGAGGCGUUGCCACCUGGCUCGCGUCUGAUGCCUCGAGUUUCUGCACUGGAAGCGACAUCCUUGUAAGCGGCGGACACCAUGCAUGGUAG